AUGAGCCCAAUGCCUGGCUGCGAGACGAACGACACGCCAAGCACUGCAGCACGCGUCGCUGACGACGGUCACGAAAGGGCCGCUGCACCGAGAGCUGCAGCUGCUGCGACACCAGCUGCGCCAGCGGCUGCAAUUAAUGUCGACUCUAUUGCUCACGAAAGGAGCGAAUACUCGGACAUCAACGGACGGAUUCUUACUGCUCUCGAGAACAUGACGAGCCGCAUGGACCGACUUGAGAUGUCGCAGAUGCAUAUCGAUGAACACGAGCGCCUACGCGGCGCCAUCGACAGUGGACUGUUUUACUCCGCUCUUGGCAGAGGGAUUGGUGGAGGACCAAUGAACCGCGAAGCACUCGGGUUCAUGCCGCCUAGACGAUCGCCUGAGCCGCCAGCAGCUCCGCGGCCACGUCUGCGAGCUCCGGUUAUGAGACAAUCGUUGUUCGAGCCUCUCGGUUUUCGAGUAGCGCCAGGGCAGCAGCAGCAACAGGCCCCGGCGAUGCAACAAGCCUACGCACAGCAAGCGUAUGCGCCAAUGCAACAACAGGCAGCGACAGCACCGGUUGCUGCACCUGCGCCAGUAUCGGACGCUAUACACGCGUCAGCGCAAGCUCGCGAUCCGAAAGUUUGA